GAGAAGGUCCAGGUUCUCUUCACGUAAAAAUUUGUGGGCCCCAAAUCAAAAUCCCCGCUUUCUGACGCCAGACUGCAGUCGCCACUAUCCCACACUAACCUUUCUGUUUCUUGUCCUCUCUCUAUCAGUAAAGUAUUAGAGAGAGAAAGUGGAAGCAAGCAUUGUGAAGGUUUUUUUUUUUUUAAUAUCUUUUGCAUUUAAAGUUGGGGCCUUUUUUCUUUGUAGAAGAAGAGUUGUUUUUCCUUCUAUUUUUCGAGUCAUUUGGCUUUCUGGGUCGUGAAGUUUUUUCAUCUGUGGGCGUGGCUUGGUUGUUGGUUUUGGUGAGAAAAUUUGAAGAGUUGGUUUUUAUGAUGUGAUUGUGAUUGGAAUAAAACUACGGUCGAUUGGUGGGCAUAAUAAGGUGGCUCUUUUUUAGCUUUUCUUUUGUUCCUCUUUUCUUUCUUCUCUCUCUCUCUCUUUUUUUUUUUCUUUUUUUGUGUUUGUCAAGCUUGAUAGUUUCACAUCUUAUAUAUUUUUGCAUGUAUUUAAGAACUAAGAACCUUUAUCAAUAAACUGAAAGACCAUAGAUACAAGCAAUACAGAGUUUUUGAGAACAGAGACCGCAGAUGGGCAGAGCUAUUUUGUAGAGAAACUAGGUGGGCAUUUCAGAUCUCGAAAUUUCGGAAAUUGGUUUUCUUGAGUAUUUUGAUUGGAUGAAUAUGUUGCGGAUUAAGGAAAUGGGAAUUUAAGCUUUGGGUUUACAGGGCUUUAAUCCAAGUAGCUUUCUUCAAUUUUUUUUUUUUCCUUCUUAGAGAACUUUAUUUUAGCUUUGGGUGGGGUUUCUGAAAUUGUGGAACUUUUAGAAAAGAAUGGUUUGAAUAUUAGCAGUUAUUUGGGGGCAAUGUUAAGAGGAUUCACUCUUGGAUUGUUGAUUUCUUUUUAUUUAAUUGUCUAUGUCUCAGCCAUUGAUAGUGACAUUCCUCAUUGUAAUUGUGAUGAUGAGGGCUUUUGGAGCUUACAAACAAUUCUAGAGUGUCAGAGAGUGAGUGAUUUCUUGAUUGCAGUGGCAUACUUUUCAAUCCCUGUUGAGCUCCUUUACUUUGUUAGCUUCUCAAACCUUCCUUUCAAAUGGGUCCUCUUUCAGUUUAUUGCAUUUAUAGUCCUUUGUGGGUUGACCCAUUUGCUCAAUGGAUGGACUUAUUACGGUCCUCCCUCUUUCCAACUGAUGUUGUCCCUCACCAUUGCGAAAUUCCUCACAGCCUUGGUCUCUUGUGCAACUGCCAUAACCCUUUUGACCUUGAUCCCUCUUCUUCUCAAAGUAAAAGUGAGAGAGCUUUUCUUGAGGCAAAAUGUCUUGGAAUUGGACCAAGAGGUUGGGAUGAUGAAGAGGCAGAAAGAAGCGAGUUGGCACGUUCGGAUGUUGACUAGAGAAAUUAGGAAGUCUCUUGAUAAACAUACCAUAUUGUAUACUACUUUGGUUGAGCUCUCCAAGACGCUGGAGUUGCACAACUGUGCUGUUUGGAUGCCAAAUGAGGAUAGUACGGAUAUGAACCUGUUCCACGACUUGAAAUCAAGAUCUUCAAAGAGUUACCCCCGUUCCAUACCUAUUAAUGACCCUGAUGUCUUGGAAAUAAUAGAGAACGAAGGGGUGAGAAUAGUGAGGCCUGAAUCGGCACUUGGGAAUGCAAUGAGAGGCGAGCCUGGGGAAUUGGGUGCUGUGGCGGCAAUUCGGAUGCCAAUGCUUCGGGUUUCGAAUUUCAUGGGGGGUACUCCAGAGAUGGUCGAUACUUGUUAUGCCAUAUUGGUUUUGGUUCUUCCGGCUGCAAAUUCUAGAGUUUGGAGCUACCAAGAGCUGGAGAUAGUAGAAGUGGUGGCUGACCAAGUGGCCGUGGCCCUUUCUCACGCCGAUGUUCUUGAAGAAUCCCAGUUGAUGAGAGAAAAACUUGCUGAGCAAAAUCGCGCAUUGCAACAGGCCAAGAAGAACGCGAUGAUGGCAAGCCAAGCAAGGAACACGUUUCAGAAGGUAAUGAGUUAUGGAAUGAGAAGGCCUAUGCAUUCAAUCUUGGGUUUGCUUUCGAUGUUCCACGAGGAGAAUAUGAGCCUUGACCAGAGGACUAUCAUAGACACAAUGAUCAAAACCAGCAGUGUUCUCUCUACUUUGAUAAAUGAUGUUAUGGAGAUUCCGGCAAAAGACGAUGGAAAGUUCCCAUUGCAAAUGAGACCUUUUGAAUUGCAUUCCAUGAUAAAGGAAGUGGUUUGCCUAGUCAAGUGCCUGUGUAUGUAUAAAGCCUUUGGUUUUGUAACUGAUGUCCAGAGCUCUUUGCCUAAUCAGGUGAUAGGUGAUGAAAGAAGGGCUUUUCAAGUUAUUUUGCAUAUGGUUGGGUAUCUAUUAAGCAUCCAUAAAGGAGGAGGGACUGUCGUGUUUCGGGUUUUCUCAGAGAGUGGUAGCGAGGGCAGAACUGAUAAGGUUCAGGGGAUGUGGAGACAGAGUGUUGCAGAUAAUUUUGUAAGCAUAAAGUUUGAAUUUGAGAUCAGUAGGGUCGGUUCUCAUUCAUAUGGAUCAACCUCAGAAACAGAUUAUGCUAGUAGGAGGCAUAAUAGCGGCGAAGUUAAGGAGGGCCUGAGCUUCAGCAUAUGCAAAAGGCUUGUGCAAAUGAUGCAAGGUAAUAUCUGGAUAUCUCCAAACCAAGUAGGUCUAGCACAAAGCAUGACACUUGUUCUCCGGUUUCAAAUCCGACCUUCUUUCGGAAGAAACAGUUUUGUUCCUGUAAGUUCCAUAGAUCAGCCGAGGUCCAACCCGCAGUUCAGAGGCCUCCGAGUUAUACUAGCUGACGAUGAUGACGUAAACAGGACAGUGACAAAGAAGCUGCUGGAGAAGCUGGGUUGUCAAGUAUUGGCUGUUUCUUCGGGUUUCGAGUGCCUGAGUGCUGUUACUGCUGCUGAGAACUCUUGCAGGGUUGUUCUUUUGGACAUCCAUAUGCCUGAGAUGGAUGGCUUCGAAGUGGCAUUGCGAAUCCGGAAAUACCGCAGCCGUAACUGGCCGUUGAUAAUAGCCGUGACAGCAAGCGCGGAGGAGCAGGUGAAGGAGAGGUGCCUGCAGAUGGGCAUGAAUGGAUUGAUUCGGAAACCCGUUGUGUUGCAAGGUUUGGCGGAUGAACUUCAAAGAGUCUUUCAGAGGGCUGCUGAAGUCUUGUGAAGAGGAGAAAAUCACUCAUCAGUGGUAUUGGUAUUUGCCUUCAAAUUUCUAGGGAGUCUCUAAAAAGAGCACACCAAAUAUAGAGUUCAACCUCGACUUACAGAUGUAAAACUUAGUAUUCGCUUGACAAAAUACAGGUGUUAGACCUUGCUAAUCAUUUCCAUUUUUUAAGCCAUAUAAUCAAUGUUAUGAAUUAUAUA